ACUCUCAGAGGAGCAGUUCUUGUAAGACGGCAACUCAGAGAAUAACAAGAUUGAAACAAUGGCAGACCUUUAUGUGGCAAAUACAAUCUUUGCCCUCAAUUUCUUCAAGCAUCUGGCACAACUGAGCCCCACCCAGAACCUCUUCUUCUCUCCAUGGAGCAUUUCAUCCACCAUGGCCAUGGUCUACAUGGGCUCCAGGGGCAACACCGAAGACCAGAUGGCCAAGGUAUUUCAGUUUAACAAAGUCGGAGGCCAUGAAGUCAGCCCAGUGACCCCAGAGAACUUCACCGGUUGUGAAUUCACGCAGCAGGUCCAGAAGGAGGCUUAUCCUGAUGCUAUUUUGCAGGCACAAGCCGGAUAUAAAAUCCAUUCAUCCUUCCGCUCUCUCAGCUCUGCCAUCAAUGCGUCCAAAGGGGGUUAUUUAUUGGAAAGUGCCAAUAAGCUGUUUGGAGAGAAGUCUGCAAGAUUCAAGGAAGAAUUCAUGCAACUCUGUAAGAAAUAUUACUCUGCAGAACCCCAGGCAAUUGACUUCCUAGAAUGCGCAGAAGCAGCCAGAAAAAAGAUUAAUUCCUGGGUAGAGACUGAAACAAAAGGUAAAAUUCCAAACCUGUUACCUGAAGGGUCUGUAGAUGCGGAGACCAGGAUGGUCCUGGUGAAUACUGUCUACUUCAAAGGAAAGUGGAAAACUCCAUUUGAGAAGAAACUGGAUGGGCUUUAUCCCUUCCGUGUGAACUCGACUCAGCGUAUACCUGUACAGAUGAUGGUCUUGCAUGAAAAGCUGAACAUUGGAUACAUAAAAGACCUGAAGACUCAGAUUCUAGAACUCCCAUAUGCUGGAGAUGUCAGCAUGUUCCUGUUACUUCCAGAUGGAAUUGCUGAUGUGUCCACAGGCUUGGAGUUGCUGGAAAAUGAAAUAACCUAUGACAAACUCUACAAGUGGAUCAGCAAAGACACCAUGGUGGAAGAUGAUGUUGAGGUGUACAUUCCCCGGUUCAAAUUAGAAGAGCAUUAUGAACUCAAACCCAUUCUGAGAAGCAUGGGCAUGGAUGAUGCCUUCAGCAAGAGCCAGGCCAAUUUCUUAGGCAUGUCAGAGAGGAAUGACCUGUUUCUUUCAGAAGUGUUCCACCAAGCCACGGUGGAUGUUAAUGAGGAGGGAACUGAGGCAGCUGCUGGCACUGGAGGUGUUAUGACAGGGAGAACUGGUCACGGAGGCCCGCAGUUUGUGGCAGAUCAUCCUUUUCUUUUUUUUGUCUUGCACAAAGUGACCAAGAUCAUUUUAUUUUGGGGCAGGUUUUCCUUACCCCAAAAUUGAAGAGUUCUAUUCCUGCACAGGAUUUUGUAGCAUGAGCUAUAAUCCUCAGAACUGCUAUCUCAAGUGCCAAAAAUUUAGAGACUUUUUCUACAUAUUUCUGUUCUUCUGAACAACUUCUGCUACAUACUAAAUAUAAACACAGAAAUGACUAGACAAUUGUCAAUCAUAAUACGACAACCCUAUUAAUCCUUUGGUUUUGUAACAUGGCAUGAUGCCCAUUUGGUUUUUCUUAGUUUAUUUUACAGUAUCAACUUUUUAUUUAUUAUUUUAUAUAUUGACAGAUUUUUUUAUUAUUGCUCAGUAUAUUUAAUGUAACUGAUAAAGUUACAGAAGCAGGUGAUCAGUUACUUUUCUAUCUAAAGAAAUUCAUUUACUUAUUUUUAUAAUAAAGGAUGAGUAGGAGACCCUCCACACCCUUCUAUGAUAAAUACCUAGAAGAAAGCAUUGAACAAUUGGCAGACAUAGUUAUGUGACUUUCUAGCAUUAUGCAUAUGUGUCUGUGACUUAUAUAAAAUUGCAAAUAUAUAAUAAACAUAUUUCCACACAACCAUAUGUUUGUUGUCACUCUGUUAGGUCUGCAGAUCAUAAGACCUGUUAUACCUUGAUUCCCAGGAGUUCAGCAUCAUGGCUUGAUUGUGGAAACCCACAAACAAUAGACAGGAUAAAGGAUCCAAGGGGGUAACCACCCUCUUGUAAGAAUAUGCAGUAUUGAAAGUGAGUGGGAUAGGGUUGUAUAAAAAAUAGAUGAGAGCUGCCUUCUCAUAGCAGCAAAAGGCAUAGCAAUUCAGAAUAGUCUAGGUCAGAAUGAGGAGACCAGUGUCUAAACCUCAAGGACACCAGAAAGAACCACCA